UAUAUUUAUUAUUAUUUAACACAGUAUAUAUAUCAUUUAUAGUAUAGUGUUUUAUCAAUAUACUGGUGGCAUAGCUUGGUAUGUUAAUUUAAAAGCACUUCUUUUCUUCCGCGCUAGCUGUUGUUGGUUCGGAAGCCAUAUUGUUCGUAUACGAUGAGCAUAUCACCUGAUGAAAAGGGAAAAUUCGGCCUGUAAUUGAUCAAAGCAUAGAGGAAAACAUUGGCGGGUGCCCAGUCUCCUUCUUGAUGUGUAGAUUUCCAGAGGUCCAGGCAUAUCUAAAUUUCUAAAGGAACGAAAAUGAUUCGCUCAUUGACAAUGACAACUCCUAAGAGACUGAGGGAUCUCAUCCGAGAAAUUCGCUCAGCCAGAACAGCUGCAGAUGAGAGGGCAGUGGUGCAGAAGGAGUGUGCAGCCAUCCGUGACUCCUUUAGGGAUCAAGAUAAUACUUACAAAUGUCGAAAUUUAGCCAAGUUACUGUAUAUUCAUAUGUUGGGAUAUCCUGCUCAUUUUGGCCAGCUGGAGUGUAUGAAACUGAUAGCCUCCCCCAAGUUUACAGAUAAGAGGAUAGGUUACCUGGGUGCCAUGUUGUUAUUGGACGAAAGACAAGAUGUCCAUCUGCUGGUCACCAAUUCUCUGAAAAAUGACUUGAACCAUCAGACCCAGUAUAUUCAGAGUUUAGCACUAUGUACACUUGGUACAAUAUGUUCAGUGGAAAUGAGCAGAGAUUUAGCAGGGGAGAUUGAAAAAAUGAUAAAAUCUUCAAAUGCCUACAUCAAGAAAAAGGCUAUCCUGUGUGCCCUUUGCAUCAUCCGUAAAGUGCCAGACCUAAUGGAGAUGUAUAUUCCGGCUACACGUUCCCUCCUGAACGAGAAGAAUCACGGAGUCCUGCUGACUGCUGUGUGUCUGAUUACAGAGAUGUGCGAGAAAAGCCCUGACACUCUGCAUCACUUUAGAAAGGUUGUUCCUAUGCUUGUACGAAUCCUCAGGAAUCUGAUAAUGGCCGGUUAUUCUCCUGAACAUGAUGUGUUUGGUGUCAGUAAUCCCUUUUUGCAGGUAAAAAUUCUUCGAUUGCUGCGAAUUCUUGGAAAGAAUGAUACUGAUGCUAGUGAGACUAUGAAUGAUAUUUUAGCACAGGUUGCCACCAACACAGAUACUAGUAAAAAUGUUGGUCAUGCCAUUCUGUAUGAAAUUGUCCUAACCAUCAUGGGAAUCAAAUCAGAGGCUGGACUGAGAGUUUUAGCUGUCAAUAUUCUUGGAAGAUUUCUUCUCAAUAAUGAUAAAAAUAUAAGAUAUGUGGCAUUAAACACACUCCUGAGGGUUGUACAUGCAGAUUAUAAUGCAGUACAGAGACACAGAACAACCAUCAUGGACUGUCUGAAGGACCCUGAUGUUUCUAUUAGAAGACGUGCCAUGGAACUCUCUUUUGCCCUAGUCAAUGCAGGAAAUAUCAGAGCAAUGAUGAAGGAACUGUUACAGUUCCUGGAGACUUGUGACCCAGAGUUCAAAACAGACACAUGUUCCAACAUUGUCCAGGCGGCGGAAAAAUACUCACCAAACAAGAGAUGGCAUAUUGAUACUGUCAUGAAACUGCUACGCUUGGCAGGGUCGUAUGUCAGGGAUGACGUAGUUUCCAUACUAAUCCAGCUGAUUGCUGAGACCUCAGAGCUUCACAAUUACACUGUACAACAACUGUUUCUUAUGAUCAAAGACGACAUUACCCAGCCACCACUUGUUCAGGUGGCCCUGUGGUGUAUAGGAGAGUACGGGGAGAAACUUAUCUCGGGGGUGUGUGAAGAGGAUGAGGCCAUUCAGGUAUCAGAAGAUGAAGUAAUUAAUGUACUGGAGAAGGUCCUCACACAUAACUACUCCACAGAGGUUAGCAGGGAGUAUGCACUGACAUCUUUAAUGAAGCUCAGUUCCCGCUUUAGAACUUCAGCUGGGAGAAUCAAGGCUGUGAUAGACGGGUACGGUGGGUCCACACAUGUGGAGCUGCAACAGAGAUCUGUAGAGUACUCUAAUAUCUUUUCCAAAUAUGAUAAUCUUAGAUCAGCUCUAUUAGAACCUAUGCCAUUGAUAGAAGGUAGCAGAAGCAAAAAUGUUUUAGCUAAUAGUGAAAGUACAUCUGAUUUACUUAACGAAGAAAAUAUUCCUAAUGGGGUGGUGAACAGUGCAGAGAAAGCCAAAAAUACACUUAAUACAGAAAGCCAGAAUAUAUUAGACUUACUAGAUGUAGGCACUCCAUCAGUAACUUCCACAAACCCAGCCCCAACACCUGCAGGUGGUGCAAAUGAUUUAUUGGAUCUUCUAGGUGGUGUAGCUUCAUUAUCAAAUCCAGCUCCACCUAUGAAGCAGACAAGCACUCCAAAUGUAAUGGAUGAUUUAAUGGGAGGAGAUGGCGAACCUUUCAACCAAGUUAAUGGCAAUGAUGGUCCACACGGUCUUACAGCCUAUGACAAGAAUGGUCUUAAGGUUGAGUUGACCUGUGAGCGAGACAAUGGCCAACCAAACGUAACGGUUAUCAACGUCAAAUCCUCCAACUCUACAGCUACUACAAUGUCUGACUUUGUUUUCCAAGCUGCAGUUCCCAAGUCAUUCCAGCUCCAACUGCAGUCACCAUCAGGGUCUACUCUGCCUCCAAUGAAUGAUGGGGUAGUUACUCAAGUUAUUAAAGUCAACAACCCACAGAAACAACCCAUUCGAUUAAGGAUCAAAGUGAGCUAUAAACAGAAUGGAAACACUGUCACAGACGUUGGUGAAGUGAAUUCAUUUCCAUCAACAUUAUGGCAGUGAUGUUGAUUACAGUAAAAUAUCUACAGUAGAGAAAGGAUUUUCUAUUGGAAACAAGGACUCAUCUUAAUGUCUACACACACAGCAUUCCACUAGUAUAUGGUGGUAAAAAUGACCCAAAUAAAAACUUACCCAAAGGGUAUUAUGUUGCAGAGGUGAUUUAUUCAUAAUAAUGGCUACAUUUCGAUUAGAAUUGUAGUCAAAAACUGAGUGCAAUACUGUGUAGUGCUCUCCAAGAUGAAAACUGUGAUUUUUGGAGAGCCAGAGUAGGAUUUCAAACUGUGUGUGGAGGAUGACUCUCCUGUUCCAAUGCCCCGGGCCAAGAACUCUUUCUGCGACGCUGAUCUGUACCUUGGAAGAGUGAGGAGAUCCUGAUUAUACCGUGUUAUACAGUGCUGUGAGAUAAAGGGAGUUAAUUGUCAAAAAUAUUGCUAUUUAUUUACCAAGUUAUCAUUCCAAUGAAAUCUUGUGAUUGUUAUUCAAUUAUUAUUUUUGCUAUGAGUGUAACUUUGACAAGUUGUGUAUGACGAGGUACAUGUGCAAGUUGUGUUUUAUUCAACACAAGACUGUUUAGGAUUGAAUGUGCUUAAAAUUAUUUUUGUGAUAUCAUAGUGGAAAUCUAGUGGAAGCACCCCAGGUUGCAUAAUUUUCUAAUAUAAUGAAGCAUUUACAUGUAAUUUGCUAUUAUUUCUUGUAUCAGACAGAGGUCAGUGUUGAUUUAGUGCUUGAUAUAAAGAAAUAUUUUACAAAGUAGAAUGGUAUGAGAUUGAACAAAAGUGCUCAAAAUACAAUUAACUGAACUUCUAACUGUGGUGUUUAAAUCAUACAGAAAUUGGUUCUUAAAGAUCCAAAUUGGCUCACCUUCCAACAAUGUUCAGUAAAACUGUGCUGGAUUUUUUCAGGACUGAUUCUUAAAUACAUGUACCAAACAAAUUUAACACUGGGUUUUGUAAUGAUGAACUGAAAUUUGAAAGGUAGCAGAUAUAAAAAUUUAAAUGAAACAAAAUUGAUAAUUAUUACGUUAGAAGUUUAGAAUUAUGGCAUGAGGCAUUCCCUAUUUUAUAAACACAAUGUGUUCUUCCAUGUUCAAGCACCUGCUUCAUCAGUGAAAUUUUAGGUAGCCAAACCGUUGAAGAUUGAAUGGUUUGUCUACUGUAGGCCGACUUAUACAUGUACCAUGAACAAACUUGUUCUGUUCAUUGCCAGAGAAUUCUGUUGCAUUUACGAGGAUGUGUAUCUGAAAGAAAGUGUAUUAUCAUGGUUAUCAAUUAGGAAUUAAGGUUUGCAUUUGAAUCUGACAGUAUUUAAAAAAACAUGAAUAUAAAUUUCUAGAUCUCUUUGUUGGAUGUAAACAUGCUAUUUUUUCUACAUGUAUUUAAUUAUGUAUCUAUUAAUUGAUAUCAAAUUCAUUUAUCUUUCCGUCCUAUCUGACUUUGUUUAAUGCAUAUCUGUGUCAAUUUCAGCCAAGGAAACAGUACAUAUAUUGGGUUUUAGAGGUUGAACAUUCUUCUGGUUGAUGGAGUCUAUGAAGCCUGACUUCAGUUCAUGCACAUAUUAUGAUUUGAAUUUAAUUUGGCAGAGGCCCUGUUAAAAUAACUAAAUUUCUAAACUAUCUUGUGAGUGAAUGCAAUGUAAUGAUAUUUUUUAUCUUCUGUAUUGUGUGAUUGGGAAUGGAUUAAGAACAAGUUUUUCAUGACCUUAAACCCUGCAGGCUUUUAGAAUCCAUCUCAGUUAACUUGAUCAAGUGGUAUUACUUUGUAUCUGAUAGUACUCUCCAAAGUAAUAAAUCAUUUAAAUUCA